AUGGCGUCUGUGGAUAUAAAUGGUUUAAUUAGUAAAACGCAUGAAAACAAAGAAUCAGAAAUUUGUGGUGAUUCAGAUUGUAGUAAAUAUGAUUCGGAAGAUAGUCGGUAUGAUUCAAAAACUCUAGCGUAUAUAGAAAGUCUUGUAAAAGAAAAACACAAUUUAAGCACAGGGACUUAUCCAAACGCCAGCCGUUUACUGGAUGAAGAAUUAAAUAAAACAAAACAAAGUGGCUAUCCGUCGAGGGAUUAUCGAUAUAUUGAUAUAUUUAGAGAAAAACCUGUUAAAGUUGUUGUUAAAGUAUUGGUGCCCUGUAAAGAAUAUCCAAAGUUUAACUUUGUGGGCAAAUUACUUGGUCCUAAAGGGAACACUCUUAGGAGGUUGCAAGAAGAAACAAUGUGUAAAAUGAUUAUAUUAGGCAGGGGUUCUAUGAAGGACAAGACAAAAGAAGAAGAAUUAAGGCAAGGAUUAGAUCCUAAAUUUUCACAUUUAUCUGAUGAUUUACACGUUGAAGUCUCUACUUUGGCUUCUCCAUCUGAAGCACAUGGCAGAAUUGCAUAUGCUUUAAAAGAGCUCAGGAGAUAUUUUAUACCCGAUGCUAACGAUGAAAUUAGUCAAGAACAAUUAAGAGAAUUAGAAAGUUAUGAAUUAAUGGAAGGAAAUGGAGAUUCAGAGUCUAAAUCUAGAACAAAAACACAGACUGCCUUUAGAGGUGAAGUAAAUACACUUUUUUAUAUACAUAUAUAA